GUACUGGUACGGGUUGGCGCACGCGGCGGCAGUGGCGGCGCCCGGGUGACUUUGCUUCGGGGCCAUGGAGGGCAGUUUCGGUUCAGAGUUCGGGGGUGCGGCGGGGGCCGGGGGCGGGAAGCUGGACCCAGGGCUCAUCAUGGAGCAAGUGAAGGUGCAAAUCGCCGUGGCUAACGCGCAGGAGCUGCUGCAGAGGAUGACGAACAAGUGUUUCCGGAAGUGCAUCGGGAAGCCCGGCAGCGCCUUGGAUAACUCCGAGCAGAAGUGUAUUGCGAUGUGCAUGGAUCGGUACAUGGAUGCCUGGAAUACAGUGUCCCGAGCCUACAAUUCUAGGUUGCAGCGGGAGCGAGCUAACAUGUGAGGCAUGUACUCUUCUCAUGGACGUCCAGGAGCUCUAGCUGGGUUGUCCAGACCGGCCGUCCCCCUUCCCCAGAGCGGGCCAGCCACAGACACAGCCAGGGAGCUCAUCCUCCCGCCCUCCCUUCUGACAGGGUGCUUUGAGAAUGAAAGGAAUAAGGCAGGGGCAGGGGGGUGAUUCCCCACCUCCUCCUCAGCACACUAAUAAAAGCCCUGUUUGUGGAGCCUGGAUCUCUGCCCUUCUCUAAGGGCCCAGUUCUCCCUUCUCUGCUGUGGUCUCAGCCUAUAGCCAAAUGGUGGCCUCCUGCAUGCUGCGGAAGCUCCUGGCCACGUCGCGGAGGUUCCUGACCUUACCUGGCCCCAGCACACACUGAUUCAGAGCUGGGCCUUCGGCUGCUCCCUGGGAAAGAUGUGAUUGGCUCCCCCAGGUGGGGGAUGUGCAGCUCACGAGCCUUGGGGACAAUGUCAUCACCCCCUGUCAUUUAUCUGGAAAACAGUAAAUUGCUGUCUGACACCAGA